AUGGCUUUUGCUCUACGGAGUGCUGCUCAAAGAGCUGCGCGUACUAUUUCGUCAACAACAGCAACAGCACCACGACGAGCACUUUUCUCGACCACGCAAUGCGCUGCUUCUUCGUCUCACGGAUUGUUGCGUUUGAAAGAAUAUUAUGACAGCACGCUUUCUGAAGACCUCAUGAUCUUGACAUACGAUCACGCUCGUGCAGCGCCCUCGACGUACAAGUAUCCCGACGUUCAAGUACAAAUCGACCGUGCGCUGGCCGCAACCAACGCUGAUUCGGAAGCAGUAGCAUCAACGGAAGAAAACACGACCGUGACACCCGAUGCUGUACGUACACGAAAAGGUGGCAAACCCGUCAAACCUAUUCAGCCUCCCAAGAGCGCCAGCACGAUUCCUGGUCUCGAUAAAAUCACAUUGCACGCCAUGGUCAAGGACGCCAUUCACAGCAAGCAUAAUUUGCUGUCUGCAUUUAUGGCCUUCCAGAGUAUCACGUCGGUACGUCCUGAAGUUGUGUAUGCUCGCACUUCGGUCGCCAACUGGAAAUUACGUGAGGGCAUGCCGAUUGGUGUCAAGGUGACGUUACGCGGUGAGGAAAUGUAUCAGUUUAUGGACAAGUUGGUGGAAAUCGUGCUGCCACGUUUAAAAGAAUGGCCUGGACUUCAGCUGACUGCUGGUGACGGUAAUGGUAACAUUGCCCUUGGCUUCCCCGCCUCGGCAUUGGCGCUCUUCCCCGAAAUCGAAGGCUCCUUCGACGUCUAUCCCAAGAUGACCGGCUUCGAUGUCAUUUUCAACACAACUGCAUACACCAAUACCGACGGUCGGUUGCUUCUUUCCGGCUUCUCUGUGCCGUUCAAGACCAAGAACUGA